AUGCCUUCGCCGAAAGAGAUCACAGCCGAGACUGUGAAAGAGCUCCUCCAAGAUGACAACAAGGUCAAGCUCGCUGGAGUCGACGCCGACGGUCAACUUCGUGGCAAGCUGAUGUCAAAGAAAAAGUUCCUGUCAAUCGUCGAGUCCGGUUUUGGUUUCUGCUCCGUCAUCUUCGGAUGGGACAUGCACGACCAGACAUACUACCAAGAGCUCAAGAUAAGCAACGCGGCGAAUGGAUAUAGAGACUUGAUCGCGAUCCCAGACCUCAACAGCUUCAGGCGCAUUCCCUGGGAGGACAAUGUUCCUUUCUUUCUUGUCAGCUUCUACGAUCCCGAUACCAAGGCGCCCGUCUCGGCAUGUCCACGAGGUCUGUUAAAAACGCAGCUCGAUAAGUUCAAGAAGCAGGGUCUUGAUGCUAUGGCCGGUGCCGAGUACGAGUUCUACCAAUUCAAGACGCCAUCCUCAGAGACAGAGGCUGCGGCUGGCACGAAGCCCUCGACCGCCGCGUAUUUGCGCGAUAAUCCAACACAUACACUACCCGCUCUCACAGAAGGCAUGUUCGGUUACAGUAUCACCAGACCUGUGCAUAACAAGGAUUACUUCUACGAGAUAUAUGACUCGUGCGCCAAGUUCGACUGCGACAUCGAGGGAUGGCACACGGAAAGCGGGCCUGGUGUCUUUGAGGCGGCAUUGGAGUUCGGCCAGAUCAGUGGCAUGGCAGACCGCGCGAGUUUGUUCAAGUACGCUGUCAAAUCCAUUGGUACCAAAUACGGCAUUACUCCCUGCUUCAUGGCCAAGCCGAAGCAAGGUCUGCCCGGUAACAGUGGGCAUAUGCACUGCUCCAUUGUUGAUAAGGAGGGUAAGAACUUGUUCGCUCGGGAAUCAAAGGAUGAGAAUGCGGCAUGGCCAGACAUCGCUGGUUUGAGCGACUUGGGCAGACAUUUCCUGGCAGGUCUCAUUGAGGGCCUGCCUUACAUCAUGCCUCUUCUGGCACCCACAAUCAACAGCUACAAGAGACUUGUCGAGAACUUUUGGGCUCCUGUGACUGUCUCGUGGGGUUUAGAACACAGAGCCGCGUCCAUUCGACUGAUCGCACCGCCAACCUCAAAGCCUGGUGCGACAAGAUUCGAGGUCCGUGUCCCUGGCGCGGAUGCAAAUCCUCAUUACGUGAUGGCUGCUAUCUUGGCACUGGGUGCUAGAGGUGUAGAGAAGAAACUGGAGAUCAAGGUACCACCUUUGGGUAAGGGCGAGGACGUUGGCGGCAGCAGCGAUCAAGGAGAGAGGCUGGCAAAAAACCUUAAGGAGGCAACUGAUAAGUUCAUGGAGGAGGGCAGUAUUGCGCGAGAAGUAUUCGGCGACGAGUUUGUUGAGCACUUCGGAGGCACUAGACGCCACGAGAUCAGGCUGUGGGAUGAGGCUGUGACUGACUGGGAAAUGAAGCGAUAUAUCGAGACUGUCUAA